UCUUUUCCUCAGAGUUACCGCUUCACUUCUCCAAGGAUUGUCUCCAAACUUUGCCUUUACGCGCGUGUGCCCAGAGCGCGCCGUGCAUGGACUUUUGGAUAAAGUUGUUUUUUCUUGUUUUUUAAUUUUUGCGGGAAACUUUUUGUUGGACACCUUUGCGCGUCAGGACGAUGUUACUGAGAGGAGACCAGCUGCCGCUCCAGUAAAUCAUGGGGUGCACUACCGCAGGAGGAAGGUGGAGUGUGCGUGGAGUGUUUCCUCUGGUGCUGCUCUGGAUGUUCCUCCACACAAAUGUUCUCAGCUGCGUGGCCCCAGACUGUAACCUGGCUCUGCAGGGAACCCACGGGGCGAUGAAGUCCCCGUGCUACCCGCAAAAGUACCCCAACUCCCACACGUGCCGCUGGACCAUUCAGGCACCCACGGGACACAUCGUUCAGCUCACGUUUGUGGACUUCGAGCUGGAGGAGGCUCCCGGGUGCAUCUACGACUGGGUGAUAGUGAACACGGGGCAGACAGACGUGAGGUUCUGUGGGCUCACGGCUCGCGGGCUCUCGCUAAACUCUACCGGGAACCUGAUUGUGCUCAGCUUUAACUCCGACUUCAGCGUGCAGAAGAGGGGCUUUUAUGUGGAGUACCGACAUGUUGCUGUGGACAUGAGGAACCAGAAGAUCACUGUUAAUAGUGGAAACGGUCAGGUGACCAAAGUGUCCUCCUCCGUCUCCAUGCCAACACUCAGUCACCUGACCGUGUGCUUCGAGGCCCAGCGCAUUUCUUUGAAACAGAAAGAGUGGCUCUUCACCUACUAUGACAGUAGCAGUAACGUAGCCCUGAGUUUCGGAGCCGACCGGGAGGAGAUGAAGGUGAUUGUGGAUGGACAGGAGUGCUCUGUGAACUCUCUGAUAACUCAGGCUAACCUCACAUCCACCAUGACACCUGUCUGUGUGGUGUGGACCUCUGCCAAUGGCAAAGUGGUCCUCUACUACAACAAUCGGUACCUCUCCACAAGCUGCAGUGCCCUCAGCGGGAGGUCAGUGCCAGCCGGGGGACUCUUCCAACUCGGAGCCCAGCACAGCUUUGAGGGCUUCAUCUACAACCUGCGUCUGUGGGACUACUCCAUGUCGCAGCAGCAGCUCAGCGCUUUGACCUGUGACACCGAGGGCAACGUCAUCGACUGGGACAACAGCUACUGGAACGUCCCAUCCACACUGGCCCAGACUGACGCCUCGCUCUCCUGCAGUGUGUCUCCACCGAGCAUCACGCCUCUCACCUCCAGCUGUGCCUCCUCAGACCUGGGCUGUCCAGCCUCUUCCUCUGCCUCCAACCCAUCCACUGCCUCCACUAACUCCACCCCUGAUACUAAUGCCGCCACCAGCCACGCUCUGUCACCUCCCACCCCUCCAUCUACCACCCCCAGCACUGCUCCACCCGCUUCACCCAAUAACCAGACUCUAACUGCAGCCGCCAGCUCCACCUCCACUCCCCCCUCCUCUGCUGGUGCUUUGCCAACCACUCCCAUGAACACCACCUACCUGCCUACUACCAUCGCUUCUACCACCGGUGCUAACGUUACUGUAAGCAACUACGCUAACAGCUCUGCUAGCAUCCGACCUACCAUUACUACUAGCAACACUACCAUGACUGUAAGCAUCAGUGGUACCACAACUGCUGUGGUUAACACUACCACCAUUGUCACCAAUGCUUCAGUCAAUGCUACAGUCAGUGCUACAGUCAGUGCUACAGUCAAUGCUACAGUCAAUGCUACUGCUUCACCUGCUAACGCUACUGCAACCAGCACUACUGCAAGUGCACAACAGUCCAGCAUCUCAUGGACAACAGUCACUAACCAUCCAUCUACUAACCCAGCUGCGCAUGACAGUUUGUUUUACCGAGUGGCCUUUGUGGUGGAGGACAGCACUCUGACCAUGUCCCACGCAGAUGUCGAGGAGGCUGUGGUCAUCUGGUUGAAUCAGACAUUUCAGAACUGGACCCAUUCAGUCUAUGUUGGCUUCAUCAGUGUGCAGUCUGGGUCACCUAACAACGGUCUCAUGAGUUACCAGUGCCAGGCAUUGCUUGUUCACUAUUUCACCACAAAUGUGAGUCUGGGAGAAGCAGCUAAAACUCGUCUGUCGAAUAAUGAGGCUCAGCUGGGGACCGGGCUCCGCAUUCAGACUGGAUCCAGCAGUGUUGCACUCAUAGGGAACUGCCCAGAGGAGGUGUCUGUGCACUAUCGCUGGCCUGAGUCCCGCCCCACAGUGAGCCACACUCUGCCCUGUUUCCCCAACAAGGAUAGCAGUACCUCCCGGACAUGUUUGAUCAGUCCACAGAACUUCACAUCUCACUGGUCGACUCCGGAUACAAGUAACUGCACCGUCAUCAACAACAUCCAGGUGUCUGCAGACAAUGCAGCAGAAGUGGCAGACCAGCUUGUCGUCAUCACCAACAAUGACCUGGACGAGGAUGAGGUGUCUCAAGUGGUGGUCAAAGUGAAGGAGCUGGUGAACGUGGCUAAAAUCAACACGUCUUUGGCUCAUACUGUGGUCACUAUCAUCUCCAAUGUGAUGAAGAGGCCUGAGACCACACGGCCCGCCACAUCAUUGAAGGCUUUAAAGGCAGUAGAUAAACUGGCACAGAAAAUUGAGUUUGAGGGAGACACAGUGAGCAUCACGUCCAAACAUUUGGCUGUGGGUGUCUCUUCUCUGAACACCACCAUAUUUAAAGGGACCCGCUUCAGCGCCUUCAUCGGCCCCAACUCCUCGCAGCCUGAGAUUGACUUUGUGUCGAAACGUGCUAACCCAUUAGCUCAGGUGAUCCUCCCGGCCUCUCUCCUCACCAAUAUUUCUCUGACUGAAGCCGAACGAACGUCUCUGUCCAGGAUCAACUUCAUGUUCUUCUCCAGCACCAACCUCUUCCAGAAAGAGCAGGACGGCUUGUCUCUGAACAGUUAUGUUGUAGCCAGUAGUGUUGGGAACUUCACAAUCAGCAACUUGAAGGACCCCGUCAGAAUCGAGAUCGCACACCUCACUGAACAGGCAUUUGACCCUCUCAAGCCCCCUGUCUGUAUGUUCUGGGACUUCACUAUGAAAGAGGGCGAUGGAGGUUGGAAUAGAAAGGGCUGUCGGAUCUCACCAGACUCUACCAGCAACAAAUCCGUUUGUCUGUGUAACCACCUCACGCACUUUGGCAUCCUCAUGGACAUUUAUGGAUCAUCAGCGUACAUAAAUGAACAGAACACCAAAAUCCUCACCUUUAUCACCUACAUCGGAUGUGGAAUUUCUGCUGUUUUUUCAGCUGUGACCCUCCUGACGUACAUUGCAUUUGAGAAGCUACGCCGUGACUACCCCUCUAAAAUACUCAUGAACCUGAGCACAUCCCUCCUCUGCUUGAAUCUGACGUUCCUACUGGACGGCUGGCUGGCCAGUCUGAGCUCUGAUUGGCUGUGUGUCACAGUGGCUGUGUUCCUUCAUUACUUCCUGUUGACGUCGUUCACCUGGAUGGGCCUGGAGUCCAUCCACAUGUACAUCGCUCUGGUCAAAGUCUUCAACACCUACAUACGUAGAUACAUCCUCAAAUUCUGCCUUGUCGGAUGGGGUCUUCCAGCUGUGAUAGUGGGAAUAGUGGCUGCAAUAGACAAGAAUUCCUAUGGGCUUCAGGAGUACGGCAGAGGGGCCAGGGGAUCCUCUGAGUUUUGCUGGAUCAAGAACCAGGUGGUGUUCUACGUCACCUGUGUGGGAUAUUUCUGCCUUAUAUUCCUCCUCAAUGUGGCCAUGUUUAUCGUGGUGAUGCUGCAGAUCUGUGGGCGCAAUGGUAAAAGAAGCAACCGAACGCUACGUGAAGAGGUGUUGAGAAACCUGCGCAGCGUCAUCAGUCUCACCUUCCUGUUGGGGAUGACCUGGGGAUUUGCGCUUUUCGCCUGGGGCCCAGUUAACUUAGCUUUUAUGUAUCUAUUCUCAAUCUUCAAUUCACUGCAAGGCCUCUUUAUCUUUAUCUUCCACUGUGCUCUAAAGGAAAAUGUGCAGAAACAGUGGAGAAGAUACCUCUGCUGUGGACGUUUCCGUUUGUCUGACAACUCAGACUGGAGUAAGACAGCGACAAAUAACACAAAGAAAGUCAGUUCUGAAAACCUGGGCAAGUCUCUGUCCUCCAGCUCCUUUGGCUCCAGCACGGCAAACUGGACGUCCAAGGCUAAAGCUACACUCAACCCCUUCACCAAACGCCAUAGCAACACAGAUAAAUGCUUUUCGACCCCGAGUGGCCCAAAGUGCGUCUCCUCCUCGGUGUCCUCCUCAGAGGUGGAGCCCACUUCCUCUCCCUCCUCCAUACUUCCUGUCAGUCAGAUGAUUGAUAAGGUCAAAGGUUACUGCUCUACUCGCUCUGACAACUUCUACAAAAACAUCAUCCUCUCUGAUGGAUUCAGCAACAGCACCAAGUUUUGAACCAGAUUUCUCUCGGUGGACAAAUCACAUUUUGGUUAGUUUUUUUUUAGUUGGGGGAAUAGAAACAUACAAUACUAGAGUCAUAGUAAAACAUAUUUGUGCCUUCUCGUGGCUUUUUAUACGUCCUGUUCUAUUAUAGACAUUUUGACCAAAGAAGUUAUGAAGUGCUUUUGAUUUGUUUGUUCAGUCCAAGCUCUUGUUCUUAGUUGUGCAAAAAUAUCAACUGUUAAACAAAGUAACUUGUCUUGUAUCCCAAAAAUACAACUUAUUUGUCAUCUAAUCGUGUUUAUAGCCUAUUCUGUCCCAGAUGGCUUAGUUUACAAUCAGAUGUUACCGCCAGAAACAAUAUUCAAAGUUGCUUUACAAUUUAGGCCAAUGUUUGUGAAAUUGUAUCUUAAGCCAUAUAAAAGUGCACACUGCUUUGUAUUGUCAUGGUCCAAAAUCUAAAUCCAUCCAAUAUUUUUAUAAUGGAUUCAUUGAUACUCAAGGACCUACACCAAAGCAUCACACCAAUAUCUAUCAAAAGACCACAUACAAAUACUAGAUUUAUAAUAAUUUAAAAUGGUUUGCAGUGGUCCAGAAUAAUUCCUCUAUAUCCUGAAUCUUUCCAAGCACUGGUCACAUGAAAUAUUUGUAUCCAUUAUAGUUCUGUGUGCUCUUAUGAUUGUUAAAUAUGCCUCCUUCCCUCUUCGUCAUUAAUAUUAGGACUUAAGUUGCAGAGAUAUUUUUGCCUUUGCCAUUCAUUGCAAAUAGCCUAAAUGUUUAAUAUUACCAUUGGAAGAAACAACCCAAAGUAACAAAAUGUAUAAACAGACCAUUACACAUAACUGCAAGUCUGUCCCAAUGCACACUGUAUUUUGCCUGCAAGUCAUUUUUCCUAUUUAUCUUGCAAUACCCACUGCCAGCUGUACAUGUAAGUAGAACUUGGUUGCCUUCGCUUAUCUUAAUACAUCCUGAUAGAGAUAAUACUGGACAAAGUUGGACAUGGCAAAUUUUAAAUCCAUGGAUCAGUGCUCUGGGUGGUCACUGUAAAAAAAACUUCUUCUACUGUAUCUUAUCACGUUACAAAUGGGCCCAGACGAUGAGGAAAUGAAGAGCGCUGGAGGUGGGAGAGUACAAUAAUAUACUUAACUGUGCACAAGUCCUGUAGGCAGGUUUUUGGAAACUAAAAUGUGUUUUUAAAAAAUAAAUAUUUAAAUUUAAGUUUGAAUUUGGAUGGACAUUAAUUUUCCUAUAUUUUUUUAUUUUUUCCUGGUGUGGCCUGUGCUUCCUAACUUGUCUCCAUGGAGAUGUUAAUGCUUUUGCUUGGAAAGUUCCACAGUAUAGAAUCUUGCAUUUAUUUAAUUACACAUGCUUUUAUGGCAAAAAAAAAAAAAAAAAAAACUUCGAAAACAUGUAUUCUUAUUGUGAGCUGCUGAUAUGUUUAAUGCCGUUCUGUGUAACAUUUCAGGCAAAACAAUGACAUCUCCAAAGAGGCAAGCAGGAGAUGGACCAGAAAAGUUACAUAAUUAUAAAAAAAAAUUAGGACCGACGUCAUAGCAACUAACCAUUUAAAACAAUAUAUUCUUUUAAGGGGAAAAAUCCUCAAAAAGGUCAUGUUGUUGAACCCCAUGGAUAGUGCCAAGACUUUGAUUUAAAGUCUCUUGUUGAUUGGUAAAUGCUUUUUCUACGGUAUUUAAAAUUCUGAAAAUAACAACAACAGAACUGAACCAGUUUGCCCCCAUAUAAGUUCAGCCCAACCUAAACCUUUUGCACAGUACUAUAUCUCUCAACUGUUUUUGAUUACUGUAAUGUUUAUUCAAGUAUGUAUGGAGCCAUAGACUUUGUAAAUAUUGAGAAUUCUGUGUUUGAUGUCUGUCUUCUAUUGUGUUAUGUUAUAGGUUGCUUUUGUGCAUGCCAGUACGGGGUCCAGGAGGGGUUAAAAAGGCUUGUACACAUAAACACAUUCCUUUGGCAUGCACCGAUUUGGGCCACAGCUCACAAAGAGGUCAGAAUAAGUAUCUCCAACUGUCACUUUUCUUGUAGUUUAAUCAGAAUCCUAUGAGGGGACAUUAUGAAGUUGUAAAAUUGCUUGAGUGAAGUUAAGCCAAAUGUUUGAGUGGUUUGAACUGCACGUGGCCAAGAGUGGAUCGAACCAGAGGCUAAUUUUGAUAGAAAAAUAUUUAGCUGGCAAACCACAUUGUUGAGCUCAUAUCUCUCUGUUCUGUUAUUCAGCUUAGAAAUAUGUAAAUGUAAGACAGUCAAUACACGUAAGCAUUAGAAUGAAUAAAAGAAAUCAGAACCAGAAUUAUUAUGAAUCGAUAUGAGAGAGAAAACAAAACAAUUGUAGCUUUAAAAUAGACUUCCAUUCUUUAUAAUCUCCAAAAAUAAUAUUGAUAUUUUGGACAAUUCUGUUUUUUUAAUAUUUUAAAAUGUAUAUUUUGUAUUAUUGAAUAUGUUUAUUUAAAUGUGCAGUGCGUAACUUUUCUGGAGGUGGAUUCGCCACCUGCUUUUCUCCUUGGAGAUGUUGAUGCUUGAAUGGCUGAAAUGUUUGAGAAUAAGGAAUUGAACGUACAGGCGUUCUUACAGUGACAGGGGUCACCUCUCCACUGAUCUAACCUGUAUCUUGACCUCAUGGUGUCACCUGCGUGUCUCCAUGGAGACAGUUACAUUCAGUGUUCCAGAGUAUCGCACUCUGGAAAAUUCUACACAAAGGAAGACAUAUGCACAAGCAGCUGACAGAAAAGUGACAUAGUGCACCACCAGAAAAGUUACAUAGUGUACUUUUAACUUAAUAAGACUAAACUAAACUGCCAAACAUUUUAUAUAGAAGUUGUGUCAUAUAUACUUAAUGGGUAAUCUUACCAAAUAUGAAGUCACCAGUCUUUAUGUAUAAGCUCUGACAGUUUAUAGUCAAAGUCAUUGGAAAAGCCCUGUAUUUUUACUUCAGGGAGAUAAUGUCCACUUUACUCUUCCAAUGGCCUCUACUGACAACUUAGAUUUUAUUUACGAUAUCUUUUCUAUUGGAAAACAAUGUUGCCUGACUGUCAAAGUGUAACUGUGUAAGGUAAUGGCAGGACAUGUAUAGGCUUUAGAGAUUAGGCAUUAACAUUUGGGAUUGUCCUUUGAGUACUUGACAUGUUGUGAUGGUAUAAAAUUACAGGUAACAUUUAACCCAGUCAAGCUUUGGAAAAAACUUACUGUUUGUGAUUUUUUUUUUAGUCACCUAUAUUUGCCUUUAGGUGCACUAUGUAACUUUCCGGUGGAGAAUAUGCCACCUGCUUCUGCUUGUUUCCAUGGAAAUGUUGUUGCUUUGUCUACAAUAUACCACACUGUACAAACUGUGAGUUUGCCUGGUGGUAUCUUCAUGGGGAUGAAUAGGUUUAAUGCCUUACUGGGGAUGUCUGUGUAGACCCUCAGUCGUCCAGGUCUGAUCCUCAUCCAAGCCACUUCUUCAGUUCUGGUCUGGACCAGAACUGAAGAUUUGGCUUGGAUGAGCAGCGAAACGUCUUCACUUUUACAAGAUUUGUCCAGUUGACAGAUUUAACUUCGUUGUUUGCCUUACUGGGGAGCAUUUCAGGCAAAGCAAAAAGAUCUCCAUUGGGUGGUCAACCCUCCACCAGAAAUGUUGACCUUUAAGUUCUGCUGUUAUUGUAUUUUUUGGCCUUUUAACACUUUCAUAACUAUAUUUAAUCUAUCAAAAUACAUGUUCUGCCCCUCAAAAUGUUUUUGCUUACUCAAAACUUCAUCCCAUAUGAGAUCAGGUGCAGGAAGAUAGUCCUCUGGCGUCGUCUGUAGCACGAUUUUGGUUAGAAAAAUCCACUUUCCAAUCCAAACGUAAAUCCAGAGAGCGCUGCUUUGCCAGUAACACUUGCACGUUUGUAUUGAAUUUGAGGCAAUUGUUUUGUUUUAAGAAUUCACCACAUAAUAAAUGUUUUAAAAUGAAAUUGCCCGUGCAAGUCAAGCAAACCACCACGUAAUAAUGCAAGUUUAUCUAAAACAUAACAUAAACAUCUUAAAACAAUUAUGGACAAUUAAUGCAAAUUCCUUGAAAUUUGCCAGUGAAAUAAGUCAUUCUAACAUUCUCUGUAUUUAUUUUAUGAAAAUUCAGAGGCUUGUUUCAGGGACAAAACUAUUUCAGUCAAUCAUUGUAAAUAUCACAAAUAGUAACUUAAGACAAUGAAAACACUUGGUAUCUCAAUCACUUUAGUUCACUGGACCAAAACUAAAUGAACUACAAACUGCACACUCCCCUCAGCGAGUCACAUGACCCUGGACCCUGUCUCCAUGUCUCUGUACAGUUCUUAAUUUAAACACGUCUGUAGUAACUUGUGUAGGAUAUUAUUAUAUUGUACCUGAUGACUGUCCAGUGGAUAUUUUGUGUAAUGUUAUGCCGUUCAUGCACCAGCAUUUUGUGUCUUGUUCAUUUUUCCUCGUGUUGUCUGUGCUGUUAUCUGCAAAUUCAACAAUAAAAAGG